CAUCAUUUCAGGUGAGAUUUUCAGAGGAAAUAAAACGUCAGUAAAUGUGAUAUGAAAGUAAACAGACGUUCUGGGGAUUGUAUCGCUUUACAGCUGAAGUGAAGGACACUGACCUGCCAGAUAUUCUCAAACAGCAUGUGGUGACUGAGACUGAAGCCUGAAGGCACAGCAGGUCCGGCAGCAGCAGCAGCCAUCAAGCUUAGAUGAAGGAUGAAGAGCCCAGUGCACAGAUGCAGGGAUGUGGAGCACAACCGCGCGCAGGCCGCAACCGGGGCGGGAGGCAACUGCCUACAGAACGAGCAGCGCAUCCCCAUCUCCAAAGACGUCAUCACUUCCUCCUCUGCCUCCGCCAUGUGGUUCAUCAGGGACGCUUGCGGCAUCGUGUGCGCCGUCAUCACCUGGAUACUGGUGUUGUAUGCCGAGUUCGUGGUGCUGUUCGUAAUGCUGCUGCCCUCCAAGAAUCUGACGUAUAGCAUUGUGAACGGGACUCUGUUCAAUAUUCUGGCCUUCCUCGCCCUUGCCUCGCACCUCAGGGCCAUGUGCACUGACCCUGGGGCGGUGCCAAAAGGGAACGCCACUAAGGAAUACAUUGAAAGCCUUCAGCUGAAACCGGGGCAGGUGGUCUACAAAUGUCCCAAGUGCUGCAGCAUCAAGCCUGACCGAGCGCACCACUGCAGUGUUUGCAAACGCUGCAUACGUAAGAUGGACCACCACUGCCCCUGGGUUAACAACUGUGUCGGGGAAAACAACCAAAAGUACUUUGUGCUAUUCACAAUGUAUAUUGCACUCAUCUCUCUCCACUCUCUGGUCAUGGUGGUCUUCCAUUUCCUCUACUGCUUUGAAGACGAUUGGACGAAGUGCAGUUCCUUCUCUCCUCCAGCAACAGUCAUACUCCUCAUACUCCUGUGCUUUGAGGGUCUCCUCUUCCUAAUCUUCACCUCUGUGAUGUUCGGCACCCAAGUCCACUCCAUCUGUACCGACGAGACCGGGAUCGAGCGUCUGAAGGGAGAGACUGGGAAAUGGGCGAAGGUGCCAUGUCGAGAAGCCAUGGAGGUGGCGUUUGGUGGGCGGUUCUCCCUGUCCUGGUGCAGCCCCUUCUCAGGGCUGAGCUGCAAGAAGAGCUCUCAGGAACUCAUUGCCGUCCCACAGGGGGAGAUCAUUGAGCAGGAUAUCAUUGAGAUACCACUCAACUAGUACUGCCUGCUGUCAAGGAGACAUUUGAUUAGUCUGGCAGCGCUUCACUACGGCUGAGCGAGCACGCCAGUCUUUUUCAGGGCUUUCUAAAUAGCAAAAAAACUCCCAGAAUUGGAUUUUUAUUUAUAUUUUUAUCUGAUUUUUAAUAAAUCUAUACAAGAAAAAUAAAAUCACAUUGGACAUAACCACUAUAUCUCCCAGUGUCAAUGCAGUGUCAUGUGUAAGGUGGACAGGGUAGCAAACCUUUUGUGAAUACUUAAACAUCUUGGCUAUCAUUAAAGGACUAGUCUGUAGGGAUUUCAUUUUUCAUUUUCAUUUGAACAGGGACAGUGCGCAAUAAAACAUCAACCCUGUAUAAAACAAGGACAAAUGCUUUGUUGCACCAGGUUUUAGCAAGUUGCUAUUUUCCACCCGUAGUCUCUGGGCAGGUUGAUGCAACAAAAUAAUUUAGUGACAUCUAAUGGUGAGGUUGCAGAUUGCAAGCAGUUGAAUACCCCAAACUAUUCCUUCCAAGUGUAGGUGGCUACGAAACUUAAAAAAAAAAAAAAAAAGAAACAAAACAUGAAAGACUCUCUCUAGAGCCACUUUGUCCAUUCUGGGCUACUGUAGAAACAUGAUGUGCCACAUAAAAGAGGACCUGCUCUCUAUGUAGAUAUAAAGGGUUCAUUCUAAGGUAAUGAAAACAGUCAUACUUAUUUUCAGAAGAUUAUACACUAAUUAAAAUAUAUAUUUUGUAUAUAAAUAUUAUAUUCCAUUUCUGCCAAUUGGUCCCCCUAAAUCUUAUAAACGUCUCCGUUAAAUGCACAGUUACAAUGAAAGGGGAUAUAAUACCAUGUGGAAAUGAUCUCACUCUACUUAACUGAUGCUGCUGAACCUUCAGUAGUUUAAUAAAACUGGAGCAAAAGGAGCUGGAAGGAUUCAGAAUCCUGCAGCACCAAAGUAUUUUCUAUUCAAGUAGAUGAGAAAGCAUCUCAUGGAGGUGCCUCAGGAGAACACUAACCGUAGCAGUAAUCACUGAAGCAUGAGCAAGUUACUUUGAACUUCUUUGUCGUCUCUGCUUCCUUUUGUCAUGAAGAUUUAAAUUCACUUUGUGCCUUAUCUGUCCCAACGAGCAAUCGUUUCAAUGUGACACACAGUAGGUGGAGGGGGAAACAAACUUUGUGAGAUUAUUAUGUACUUCAACUACUCAUCUUUCCAUUUCUGGUAUCUGUGUCUGAGGUUUCAUCUUUGUCACUCUGUUGCACAUAUAUGGAAAAUGAACAGUGUCUUUGUGUGUGGAGCAGACUGUGUAAAUGGAGUAAGCAUGAAAAGGCUGCUGGAUAAGGGCUUUUACUGCUAUUAUAAAUGGGUGCUGGAUUUCAUGGGACCACUCAUGUUUUAUGUUUACAUCAUUUUAGCAAACUUCAAUCAUUUUGUGGGUUUUGUUUAUGAAUUCUCAAAUAAAUGGACAUGUUUCAUAUCAUAACUGUACAUUAUGUUAAGUGUUUUGUCAUUAAUCAUUGAAAAAACAAUAUUGA